AAGCGGACUGCUCCGGCAGGAGGAAGUGCUCAGUACGUACCGUUUGUUAUUUUCAUGUCCGCGUUGGUUAAAUCUGUACGAAUUACAACCGUCAGGGUUGCCGAGUGCUGGGUAUUUUUUUCUCUCUUCUUAAUUCCGCACUGUCCAUAGAGGUUUGUAGGUUUAACUAAAGUGGAGUGGACAGCGAGUGUAGCUGGAGCAGCGUGGGUUAAGGUGGGCCUUGCCCGGAUAUCUGUCUGCCAAGCAAACUGAAAAUUAAUCAAUAAAAUACCAAAAAAAUAAAAAUAAAUAAGAGCAUUAUCGAAGUUUGAUUAAUAUUGACACGCGUUUGAAUUGGAGCUUCAUACCAGACAAGAGGACGGAACCACGCUGGUGCAAAUGGCAGACAACCUGAGUGAAGCCCUGAAGACGCUGAAGCUGUCAUCAGCGGACAGUGCAUCAGACAAUGUGGAGAGCUGCCUGGACUGCCUUCUUAAAGCUUUGGCCCAUAACAAUGUGGAAGCCAGUGGAAAAAUCCAGGAGAUGGGUGUUCUUCCCAUAAUGCCUUCUUUAUUGGUCACACAGAACUCCUGCACACCCAAAGUAGCCAACAUCAUAGCAGAGGUGGCCAAAAACGAGUUCAUGAGGAGUCCCUGUGUGGAGGCUGGCCUCAUCCCCCCACUGGUUCAGCUGCUUAACUGCAAGGACCAGGAGGUGCUGCUUCAGACGGGUCGAGCCCUGGGCAACAUCUGCUAUGACAGCCAUGAGGGCAGAAGUGCAGUUCAUGAAGCGGGGGCUGCUCAGAUAGUAGCAGAGCACAUUAAGGCUUUGGCCCAUAACACUGACCCGGCCACCGGGAAGCUCUUGACUGUCUUUUGUGGCAUGCUGAUGAACUAUAGCAAUGAUAAUGACACAUUGCAGGCCCAGCUGAUUAGCAUGGGAGUCAUCCCCACCUUGGUGAAGCUUCUGGGAGUCCAUGCGCACAACACAGCUCUUACAGAAAUGUGCCUCAUUGCCUUUGGAAAUCUGGCAGAACUGGAAUCAAGCAAGGAGCAAUUUGCAGCUACAAAUAUCGCUGAGGAGCUAGUCAGACUUUUCCGGAAGCAAGCGGAACAUGAAAAGAAGGAGAUGAUCUUUGAGGUGCUGGCUCCUCUGGCUGAGAAUGAUGCAAUAAAGCUGCAGUUGGUCGAGGCUGGUCUGGUCGAGUGUCUGUUGGACGUUGUGGCACAGACGGUGGACAGUGACCGAGAGGAAGAUCUGGCACAACUCAAAACAGCGUCUGAUCUCAUGGUGCUGCUGCUGCUUGGAGAUGAAUCCAUGCAAAAGUUGUUCGAGGGAGGUAAAGGUAGCGUGUUCCAGAGGGUUCUCUCUUGGGUUCCAUCUAACAACCACCAGCUCCAGCUAGCUGGGGCACUGGCUAUUGCUAACUUUGCCCGCAAUGAUGGGAACUGCAUCCACAUGGUAGACACAGGAAUUGUGCAGAAGCUUUUGGACCUGCUGGUCAGACAUGUAGAGGAGGGGAACGUUACAGUGCAGCACGCAGCUCUCAGUGCCCUGAGGAACCUGGCCAUCCCAGUGGUGAACAAGUCCAAGAUGCUUUCAGCUGGAGUGUCUAACGUGGUGCUGAAGUUCCUCCAGUCCGAAAUGCCACCAGUUCAGUUCAAGCUGCUGGGAACAUUAAGGAUGCUUAUCGACACACAAGCAGAUGCUGCUGAACAGUUGGGAACAAACCGUAAGCUGGUGGAGAGGCUGGUAGAAUGGUGCGAGGCCAAAGACCACGCAGGGGUGAUGGGAGAGUCCAACCGCCUUCUCUCGGCGCUGAUCCGACACAGCAAGUCAAAGGAAGUGGUACGGACAGUCAUUCAUUGUGGAGGUGUAAAGCACUUGGUGACCAUGGCAACGAGCGAGCACAUGAUCAUGCAGAAUGAAGCGCUGGUGGCCUUGGGUCUCAUAGCAGCACUGGAUUUGGAUUCAGCAGAGAAGGACUUUGUGGGAGCCACUUUGGUGCAGGUCCUACACAAGUUGCUGACCGAGGAGAAGAGUGCUCCUGAGAUCAAAUACAACUCCAUGAUCCUCAUCUGCUCUGUCAUGGGCUCAGAACCUCUACAUAAAGAAGUGCAGAGCCUGGCUUUCAUUGAUGUGGUGUCCAAACUACGUUCCCAUGAGAACAAAACGGUGGCCCAUCAGGCCUCGCUCACAGAACAGAGGCUAACAGCGCAGAGCUAAAAGACUCUUUAUACACAAGACACACACUCCAUCCAUUCUCUGCCUGCCUGCAAACCCUUCCCAUACACACUCUUAACCUCCUACGAUUUCCACCGUCUCGCUCUGUCAUGUGCCAAGGUACCACUCUGUCCCACUCUGUCCCACUCAGCCUUCCUGCUAAAUAAAGUCGCCUUUUCGCAUCAAGUUCAUUUCACGCAUGCGUUCAGCGCUUCGUAGGACAUCGUAGACCGCCUUCUGCAAUAGGUUGUGCGAGCGAGAUAGGGAGCGUGCAACACUUAGACCAUAGCUGUGAUAAGCGAAGCGUUCACAUCUCAUCAAAGAAGACGAAACCUGCAAAAAAAAAAAAAGUUAAAUAUACUAGAAAAUAACUACAUGAGGGCUAGGGGAGAAACUAGCGCAGCCAUACGUUCAUGCCGUGUAAAACCCCACGUGUUCUGUGUAGCUUGAAUACCUGCUGAUUUUGAUACCUGCAUGUUUUUUUUAAGUAGUCUAAUUAAAUGGUGUAUGUGUUCAGCUAGCCAGACCUCGCUCUUUAGGAUACAUACUCCCCCUUUAAUGCAUAAAAACACACACACGCGCACACACACACACACACACACACACACACACGCAACUGCUUUUGAUAUGUUCAGAUAGAGAUCAAAUGUGUUUGUACUGUACUUGGGAUGACCGGACCAGAAAGAACUCUUUACAGUUUUUUCCCCCAUGGUCCUAGUGUCACUCAUGUUCAUAUCUAUGAAGUCACUUUACUGGAACGAGCGAAUUCCAUAUCACUAGUCUGUUUCAUUUGAAAACAGAUUGCUGUGGAUAUUAUGGAUGUUACGAACAAAUAAUAGCUGUUAUUAAUAAUAUUAAUAAUAUUAAUAAUAAUAAUAGCUUGUUAAGAAUUGAUAAUGUUUCUAUCUGCUGCCCUUUGUCAAAGGGCUGCAUAGACCUUUUCAGGAUAGUAAAAAAAAAAGCUGCUUGUUAAAUGACAGUAUAAUGUUAAUGUCGUUAACGCUAUUUAAUCUGUCGGGUUAUAGCACACUGUUUAACAUGGCUGCCAUUACAACCGGUCUAGUAACAACUCCAAUGGGCAUGGAUCAUUACAGGUCCGUAAAUAAAUAAUGCAAUCAUGUCAACUGUCAGGAAUGGGUUUAGCCAAGUCAGUGUGUUUGAGUGUUUUAUGUUCUAAGGUGGUUGAAAACGAUUCAUGACCCUGGCAUAGAAUAACAGCAAAUUUUGAGUGUCCUAAAUAACAUGCCCUCUUGAGUGCUCUCUAUUAAAGGUGUACAUUUCAUACUGUAGUACAUUAUUUUCCUGAGCUGGUUUUGCAUGUGUACAGGUUUGUCUUUUUUCCAACCCACUGAGUAUCACGAAACAUGCACUUCCAAUGCAUGUUGGCUCUGACGUGGCCACUUUAUGUUCGGUAAAUGUUAUUUAUCAGGUUUGUAACCUUAAGGAACAACUCAGCAAGCCAAUAUAUCUAUAUUAACUGCAUUACAGAUAUUUAAACGUGACUAGUUGUUGUAAAUGUCACUGAUUAACUGUACAUUUGGGAGAUAGAAAAUGAUUAUUAAAGACAAUUGCUGGCGAUGGA